UGAUUAGCUAGUCGCACCAAAACAACGCGAGAAAUAGUUAGUUUUAGCUUUUUACUCAACAUAUGUUGUGCGUCGAAAACAUCCGGGAUGAUUUACCCACCCAAACUAUCACUAUUUACAUCGUACAAUACAAUAAACUAAGUGUGCAAAUGUGAAAGAAGCUCUCUGAAGUCAGUUAUAGCCCCAUCCAUAUAUUCUCUGAUCCGCAGUACUGCGCAGGCGCUAAAUAUGCACUCCUGUUGUCACCUGCUGUUGCUGGGGCUGCAGACACGACCCAUGGUUGUGUCCCAAUUACCCUGCGAAAAACUUUACUUCUCCAGAGACAGGACAGCGACUGGUGUAAACGGAUAUAUAUAUUUUACAGAAGAGUGCGGUUCUGAUGUGAUGCUGGAGGAACAGGCUGUGACUUUGCACUGACCCUCCCAUGGCUGUUAGCACCAUGGACUCUGAGUCAGCCCGGACACCUCAGCCUCAGGCUGCCCUGACUAAAGGAGGCCGCUCCCUACUGUCUGCUGGGGCUCUGAGUGCCAGGCUGGGGCAUCAAGGGAAGCAUUAUGUGUGCGGCUCCAUUGCAGCUUUUACCAAUAUCGUGGUGACCUUCCCCAUCCAGAAGGUGCUGUUCCGCCAGCAGCUGCACGGUGUGUUGGCCACUGAGGCGGUGCGGCAGCUGCAGAGGGAUGGGUUGAGGAAUCUUUACCGGGGCCUGCUGCCCCCACUGCUCCAGAAGAGCACUACAGUGGCCAUCAUGUUUGGCCUGUACGAGGACUUCUCUAGAGUCUUACUAGACCAGGCAGGUGGCAGCGGUAUGCCGGAGCUGAUCACCCGAAGCUUUGCUGCAGCAUUGGCAGGAACCGCAGAGGCCAUCCUAACACCAUUUGAGCGUGUGCAGACUCUCCUACAAGACCAUCGGCACCAUGGGCGCUUCAACAACACAGCCCACACCUUUCGGACACUUCUGACUGAGUAUGGUGUCAGAGAGUGCUACCGUGGCCUCGUGCCCAUACUCGUCCGUAAUGGCCCUAGCAAUGUGCUCUUUUUUGGGCUCCGCGGGCCCAUUAAGGAGCAGCUCCCAGAAGCCACUAGCUGGGGAGGUCACUUGGUUAAUGAUUUUGUGUGUGGAGGGUUGUUGGGGGCAGCCCUUGGCAUCAUGUUCUAUCCAUUAAAUGUGGUAAAGUCCCGGGCUCAGUCUCAGGUUGGUGGAGCCUUCCAGCCUUGCAAGGAGGUUCUACUAACAGUGUGGAGGGAAAGGGGUGGCAGUUUGGCCAUGCUCUUCAGAGGGGCCCACCUCAACUACCACCGUUCACUCCUGUCCUGGGGGAUUAUCAAUGCCACCUACGAGCUGCUGCUGAAGCUCAUGUGAGAGAGGGAAUGGAGAUGAGAUCUAGAAAGGAAGAGAAAGUAUGUAAAAGGAAAAACCUGUAUGGAGUGAUAGAGCCAGGUUGUUGAGAAGAAAGGAAAUUAUAAAGUAAAGCCAAUGCACUUGCUAUCUGGCACUGUUUUUUGGGAUGCUCGAGUUUCCAUGACUGAAAGACAGCAGUGAAGUUGCACUUCUGACAAGGGCCAGCAGUCAGUGUGAGAUAAACAACCUGCCAUUGUUACUAUUUACUAUUGUCAAAGUAUUAAAAACAAGACACGCUUUAGCCUAUACAAAACUUGUGCCAGGGUCCAAUUGAAAUGCCCUUGUUUGCUCUGUGUACAAAGAUUUGGGGGAGCAAACUGAACUCCAGUGCUUUUUCCACAGUUUCAAGCAAAGGUUACUUGCCUGGAGAAGCUGUUUCUUUGUAUGUGCCGUGUGCUGUGGUGUGUCUUGUUGACAAUAUCCGUCUGUUCAUUUGACCAAGAGCACUUUCUCUGUGAGGCUGUAUUCUGCCACUUAACUGAAACACUUUUGUACCUUUGACCAUUGAAAUACCCCAAGAUUUAUUGUCGAGGAGAGUGUAAUAAGUGUUGGCCAUUUUAUUUCUCUUUUUGCUCCAUCGCCACCUGUUCGGCAUAUAUGUCGUUGAUGAAAUCAGAAGGCUAAUACUUAAAAUGAUUGAAAUAAGUAUCAGUGAUAUACAUGUUCUUGGAAAUACUAGCAGACACAGGCAGGCUAUUUUAAACAUUUUCUCCUUUCACACAUGAUUCAUCUUUGCCAGUUGGAGCUGAACUUUUUUCAAAUGCUAUUUGUCUUGGUUUAUUUUAUGUGCUACUGGCAGGGUGUAUGUGUUAUGAGUUUUGACAAGUGUCCAUUGAUGUAUGUCAGUAAAACAUACAGUUACAACCA